AUGGCGACCAGGUGGGGAAUAUGCGGUGCAGGGAAGAUCAGCCAUGACUUCACAGUGGCGAUGAAGACACUUCCACCUGGAAACCAUCAGAUUGUUGCUGUGGCAGCCCGUAGCCUAGAGCAUGCAGAGGAAUUCGCCAAGAGGCACGGCAUCUCAAAAGCGUACGGAAGCUAUGAGGAGCUGGCCAAAGACCCGGGGAUAGACAUCAUCUACCUGGGCGUCCUGCACACGCAACACCUGCGCGUGGGGCUUCUCUUCCUCAAUGCCAAGAGGAGCGUACUGUGUGAAAAGCCAUUUGCCAUGAACUCCAAGGAGGUGAAGCAGCUCAUCAGCGCCGCCAGAGAGAAUGACGUCUUUCUGAUGGAGGGGAUAUGGUCGCGGUGCUUCCCGGUGCAUGUGGAGGUGUGCAGGCUGCUGUCGGAGGGCACGGUGGGCGAGGUGAAGGUGGUGAAGGCUUACUUCGGCUCCCCGCAGCUCCACAUCCCCCGCGCGGUGGAGAGGGAGCUGGGAGGCGGGGCGCUGCUGGACAUCGGGGUCUACUGCCUGCAGUUCGUGUUAAUGGUGUUCAGGGGGGAGAGGCCCGAGUCCAUCCACGCCACCGGAGUGCUCCUGGACACAGGUGUAGAUGAGACCAUGGCGGUGGUUUUGAAGUUCUCCCGGAACAGAAUGGCCCUGUGUUGCUUUUCCAUCGCAGCUGCCCUGCCCAACGACGCCACCAUCUCUGGCACCAAGGGAACCAUCAGGAUUCCCUCUCCCAUGUGGUGCCCCACCCACCUGGUGGUGAAUGGGAAGGAGAGAGAGUACCCGCUGCCAGAACCAUCCCUGCCACUCAACUUCACCAACAGCACCGGGCUGCGGUACGAGGCCGAGGAGGUGCGGCAGUGCCUGCUCAAAGGACUCAAAGAGAGCUCUCAGAUGUCACUUGCGGACUCAUCACUCUUGACGGAGAUUAUGGACGAGGCCAGGCGCCAGGUUGGGGUGGUGUUCCCUCAGGAUAGCCCCUGA